AACACACAACGGAACAAGACGUUCGAGCUCGCUUUGCUUUCACCGACCGACCGUCUCUGCCGAGUUGCUGAGCCUGCCUGCCUUGGAUCUAAUCUCUCACCGAAGUGAGCUGUGCAGUGGCGCACGACAUCUGCGGGAUUUUGGCAUCAUGUCUCGGGCUGCAGACCGACUGAGGGUCGUGCUGAACCAUCUGGAGAGUCCCGGACACGGAGCUAUCGGGGCAUCCUUCACCUCUGGGCAGCAGAAUGUGUCUUAUCACCAUCCACAAGCGCUCAGGUACACGUUUGAUAGUGACCUGCUGAGUCCAGAGCAGAGGAUUGCGUAUGAGGAGGACGGCUUCAUCCUUAUCAAGAACCUGGUGUCAGAGGAGGACAUCGACCGCUUCAGGACUGAAUUUGAGCGUAUCUGCAAGCGUGAGGUUGCGGUGCCCGGCCUGGUUGUUAUGCGGGACGUGGCCAUCGCCAAGUCAGAGUUCAUGCCGGACCAGAAGGCUGUGUCUAAACUGCAGGACUUUGUGGAGGACCCAGAACUGUUCAGAUACUGCGCACUACCAGAGAUCCUGAAGUAUGUGGAGUGUUUUACUGGGCCGAAUAUCAUGGCCAUGCACACCAUGCUGAUCAACAAACCCCCAGACGCAGGUAAGAAGACGUCUCGCCACCCAAUGCAUCAGGACCUCCACUACUUCCCCUUCCGGCCAGCUGAUCGCAUCGUGUGCUCCUGGACCGCUAUGGAGAGAGUGACGCGGCAGAACGGGUGUCUAGUGGUGAUACCCGGCACACACAAGGGAACACUACUGGAACACGACUACCCAGAGUGGGAGGGUGGUGUAAAUAAGAUGUAUCACGGUGUGCGUAAUUACGACUCCAGCCUCCCGCGUGUUCACCUGGAGAUGGAGAAAGGAGACACAGUGUUCUUCCACCCCAUCCUCAUCCACGGAUCAGGCAUGAACCAGACACAAGGCUUCCGCAAGGCUAUCUCGUGCCACUAUGCGAGUGCGGACUGCUACUACAUCGACGUGGAGGGCACGACGCAGGAGAACAUCGCCAAGGAGGUGCACGAGAUCGCCGAGAAGAAAUACGGAGUCGACGACAGUGUCACCUUCGCGGACACCUGGGCCCUGAGAGGUCGUCUGGUCCAAGGGGAGAGAACUUCCCUUUAAGAAGAGCCCGCCCACCUCAAGACCCUCCCCUCCAAUCACAGAGCACCUUUCUGCUGAAUGACAGCCACUCAAUCCAAUAGUGCUUUAUUACUCUAACUGCCAUGUGUGCUUUUUUAACCCUUUCAUGUCCCGACAUGCUGCUCCCACACCACACCCCACCACACCAGAACAAGGUCCCUCCCCCUAGGCCAUGGAAACAGGAAGUGAACACAGGGGGGCCUGAAUCCAAAAUGCUGACAUGCUCACUGCAUGGUGUGCUCCAUAGUGCACAGUUUAACUCACAAUUACAUUACAGUAUGGUACGUAACUUACAGAAAUUGCACAGUGUAACUCACAACAAAGGCACAAUGUAUUAGUGCCCAGUGUAUCCAACAGUGCAUAGUGUGUAACGAAUGCAAACUAGCAGAGUUCGGUGAUGGAAUGUUAGUAA